UUCGUAUAAAAAGGCAUCUCAUAAACUUGAGCAAGUCAGUUCCUAGUAAAUUGUGGAUAAAAUAAUAAAUUUCGCCACAAAUUUCAUCAAUUCGCAAAUUUCGCCACAAAUUUCGUCAAUUCGAAAAUUUCUCCACAAUGAAAACUGCUGUAGUCGUUGUGGUCAUCCUCGCCACCGUCGGCUCCGUCAUUUUGGUCGUUGACGCCGUCAUAACGCCACCACAUCGUUGCACAGCAGCUGGAAAUUUUGGCCCCACGAUCGCCAAGGAACCUUGUUUCGACCAAGGUGACGUCCCAGUUGGGAAUCAGGUUAAUCGUUGCGACUUUGUAUCAUGCACCUUCUACGCUUCGUACAACACGUGGGUUAAGGCGCCCCACGUUUGUCCAGGGGACCCGACCAAUGUGUUUGACGAUAAGACAGGACUUUGCGGACCGCUUCCAGUCACAAGUACAACGGUGAAAACUGUAUGAUGACCAGUCAUUUGAGGUGAUCAAUGCGAUUAACAAACUUAAAUAUGUACAUACACAUUUGAUUUUGAUUAUUUAUUCAUUAAAAUCGCAACAAAUUUUAAUUUUAA